GCGUGUCGAUGUGCAUUUCUUAUCAACUACUUCCACUACUGCAGUCUUUUAUCAAUUUUGUGCGAUUGACGUAUAACUAUAGCCAAGAGUUAUAAAUACUGGAAAUACCCCAAGGCCAAGACAGAAAAAAAUGGAUUUCCAGACCUCGAACGUGACCGGUGCCGAGGCCUCUCUGCAACAAGUCAACAGAAUGCAAGACGACCACGGAUCCUCCAGCUUUGACGAGUACAAGGUCCUGGCGGAUCUUUUCCCCGGAGUCUCCUACUCCUACGACGAGGAAAAGAUGCAAGAUGUGGAAGCCGAAGCGGAGUGUACGUGUAUCCAUGGCCAAGUGGAGAACAAUUUGCAGGAAAAUUUGUUUGAAUUUGGAGAACUACUCAAGGCAUGGUCAAAAACAGUUGAGGAACCGAAUACCAUGAAGAGCACCGUCAAAGACAGCGUCGACAGAAAUGAGACGACCGCCAGAGACGAUAUGCUCAUCGGAGAAGAUUCCAACACUUCCACAAUCAGCACAAGCGGCGAUUAUAUCCAUAGUGAAGAUUCCAAUAACGCGGAUGUCAGCAAAUUCACAAUGGACAACACUGAGGCUGUUGCACACUGCGAUUUCACUGGUACCCCCGCCAUCAAGACCGUUGACGAUGUCUUCUUCGUAGACUUUUGCAACAAGUCGAAAGACAGUCAAUUGCCAGCAGGGACGUUCGUACGUACGCACCGUAAUAUCAUUCCGAUCAACAAAGCCGAAAACGUGUUUAGACACUUGAUAAAUUUUAAUAAUCCGUGUCUUAUUCACGGCAGUGUGAACUGGGAUAAUAUCCUAGAGUUAUUUUCCCUAACUACAGAAAGUGUGGAAUUGACUAAAAACACUGAAACGCCUACCCUAUCUUGCACAAGAUUAAUCCUAAACUCCGUAGAAUAUAUUGAAAAUCUCUCCAAAGACGUUGAACACCUAAAAAUAACCAUUACUAAUUUAACAGAUACUCUCUUGCACAAAAUUGUAACCAAAGCGCCAAGAUUAGUUUCUCUCGAAAUUACCGAUGCUUCAAUGUUGUCCGCUCAAUCCCUGCAACAUGUGUCGUCUUCUUUAAGGGAGUUGCAACAUCUAAUCAUUUAUCACUACUUCCGAAUGACGAACAAAGGAAUCCGCUACUUGGGGCGAUCGAAUAUGAAAUUAAAAACUCUCUGUAUAAUUGGCGACAAAGUAAAUGCAAAAACUUUUCAUAGAAUUGUCCGAAAUCACAGAGAACUCCUUUGUGCAUUCUGUAAUGUAAUCGAAUAAGUCCCCUACAUUUUUUUUUCUGUAUAUAAAAAUUCGCAACUCCCUUAAAGAACAUGACACAUGUUGCAGGGAUUGAGCGGACAACAUGUUUUUUUUUCUCUAUAUAUAAUUCCACACAUUCUGUACAAAUGCAUUCAUUGAUUUUCUUUUUAUAUGUAUAGUAUUGAACAAGUGUCUUUUUUACUUUAGUUGUUGGUGUUCACCACGUUAACCGAUAACAAAUGUCUUUCCAUGACGUACAUAAGUGGUCAGAACAUCCAGCAUCCAGUACGUUAAGAUGGCGGAAAACUUCUUGAGCCUCGGCAACGGAGAUGUAGUGGUCAACGAGUCCGCUGCGUACAUAUGCGCCGUACAUUGGAAACAUCUCGUUUCGGCCGUUGCAGAAAGGUGGUCUCUACGAGUAUAAAUAAGUCAAAUUAGA